UCCAGGCAGGAGUGCAAGUGCAGCGGCAUGGCUACCUGUACGAGUCAGCUCCUGCGUAUGUGACCGACCAGCCCUUCUUCCUCAACUCGGCAAUUCAGGCACACACUACCCUCUCUCCCCACGCCCUCCUGUCUCUCCUCAAGUCCAUCGAAGCAAGCCUAGGCAGGGACCUCAACCCCCACACUGCCCAGCGCUUCGGCCCACGCCGUUAGACCUCGAUCUGAUCUUCUACGGAUCCAGAACCGUCCGCCCAGAGGGAACCGCCCCUGCUGAAACCACUCCUGCUUCAAGCCCCAGCACCCCGCUCGACCUCGUGGUACCACACCCACGUUUGGCUGAGAGGCCCUUUGUGCUCGCCCCUAUGAUUGACCUAGUGGGCGGCUGUGGAAAGGGCAGAGACUUGCCUCAAGGCAGACCUGCUGUGGAGGAUUUGCAGGGGGGGGAGGGGGGGCAAGAGGCGAAGGAACCUUCUUGGGUGUUUCACGAGGCGUUUGGGAAGGAUGGAGUGCCCGGCCUAUGGAGAAAUCUAGGCGGCGAGGCAGCAGUAGGGGGAACGGACCUGAGGAGGGUAGUUCCCCUUCCGCAGCGGUUCUUAAGAGGGCAGAGCGAGGGAGGAAGGCAGAGGGGGAGGGGCCCCUGUGGGCAUGGGAGGAGGAGCGACGACCUCUGGUGAUGGGAGUGCUAAACGUUACUCCUGAUAGCUUCAGUGAUGGGGGGAGAUUCACUAGGAAUGGGAAUGAUAGCAGCAGCAGCAGCAGCAGCAGCAGCGCCAGUGGCACUCACCAUACUAAUGUGGAGGUGGAUGUGGAGGCAGCAGUGAGAGAAGCAGAGAGAAUGGUAGCUGAAGGAGCAGACAUGAUUGACAUAGGGGGGCAGUCCACAAGACCUGGAGCCCCGCGCUUGUCGACCAAUGAGGAGCUGACACGUGUCAUCCCUGUCGUGAGAGCAGUUCGUUUCCGAUCGCCAGGUGUCAUCAUCUCAGUGGACACUUUUGAUGCGGAGGUUGCCAGGUCAGCGGCGUUAGCUGGUGCUGACAUCAUCAACGACGUGUCGGGCGGGGCGAUGGAUCCUCAGAUGCUGCCAACAGUUGCCGCCCUGAAUGUUCCAUUUGUCCUUAUGCACAUGCGGGGAGAUCCCUCCACCAUGCAGUUGUCCGAAAACACCGCGUACAAAAAUCUCAUUGCUGAUGUGGCAGCUGAGCUGGCAUGCCAGGUGGCAGCUGCUGAGAGGGCUGGGAUUCCCCUGUGGAAUAUUAUUCUGGACCCGGGCAUCGGGUUCGCCAAAACUGGGCAGCAAAACUUGGAGCUAAUCAGAAAUCUCGGGCAGCUGAGACAAGAAUUGGGCAGGUGGAGGAAGGGCUUGGAGCAUGUGCCGAUGCUACUGGGUCCUUCAAGGAAAGGUUUUUUGGGUAAGCUCACUGGCCGGGCAGCUGGAAAAGAUCGUGAUUGGGCGACAUGUGCAGCAGUGGCAGCUUGUGUAGCAGGAGGGCAGAUAUUGUUCGAGUGCAUAAUGUUGGUGCUGGUCGAGACGCUGCUACUGUGGCAGCAGCUAUUUUUAGGAAUGCGGGGUCUUAAGACACUGCUUUUAUGGUGCACUAACAUGAAAGGAAUGCGUUUUUUAAGAUCUCGAGCUUGGUGCAAGCUGCUCAAGCUCUCGCCUUUUCCC